AUGAGGUUCCUGCUCUUCGCGCUCCACGCGGCCCGCGGCCCCGCGCCGCGCCGCACCGUACUGCAAGCGACAACGAGCCACUACGAGCUCAACCAGGAGCUGUCCCGGGCGCGCGCGCCCGACGAGCUGCUUCAGGUGGUGGAGGCCCGCGCGCCGGACUUCAACGCCGUCAACGCGGCCACGGCCCUGCAGCGCCUCGCGACGGCCAAGCUACGACGGGGCGAGCGCGCGCGCGGCGCCGCCGCGGCCGCGGCGAGCGCCGUCGCCGCGCUCGCCAAAAACGACGAGACUUGGGCCGACCCGCGGCCCGUGGCGUCGUCGAGCUGGGCCCUCGCGAAGCUCGGCCUGAGCCUGCCGGACCUCUUGGUAAGGCAGAUUUCACAGAUCGCCCCGCGCAUGUCCGGCCGCGAGCUCAGCACGGCGGCCUGGGCCCUCGCGACGGCGCAAAGGCGCGAGGCGACCUGCGGCGGCGCCUACGAAGCGGCCUCUCUGCGAGACACGCGCCACGCCCUGGAGCGCUGCGCCGACGCCGGCGCGCGCGUCAUGGACGCCCUGAGCGGCCGCGACGCCGCAACCAUUAUUUUCGCGCUCGGCACGGCGAAAGUCAAGCGGCCCGCGGCCCUCAAGGCGCUCUGCCGCCGCCUCGCCGACCCGUCGGUCGACUGGAACGGCCAGGACGUGGCCAACAGCUGCUGGGCCUGCGCGUCGCUCGACGCCGACGCGCCGCGCCUCUUCUCGGCCGCGGCGGCGUUCGUCGCCCGGAACGCGUCCCAGCUCGAGCCGCGCGGCGUCGCCACGCUCGCCUGGAGCUUCGCGAAGGAGCGGCAAGGCCGCUCGGCCGCGGCGGCGCGGGCCUCCGACGACGCCGUCGCCCUGAAAGCGCUCGCGGUGCGCGCGGCCGAGGUCGCGCGCUUCUUCGACGCGCGGUCCCUGGCGCUGGCGAGCUGGGCCUUCGCCGUCGCCGCGCGCAACGACCUCAUCGAGCCCUCGGAUGCCUGCUUCCAGAGUCUGGAGCGCGACGCCGUCGCGCGGCUCGCGCCGGGGCUCGACGCGCGCGACCUCGCGGGCGUCGCCUGGGCCCUCGCGUCGGCGGGCCGCGCGGACCGCGCGUCCUACGAGGCCCUCGCGUCGCGCGCGCGCGCGCUGCCGCGCAAAGCGUGGACGGGUCGCGCGCUCGCGAACUGCCUCUGGGCCUUUGCGGUGCAGACGUCGGGCUGCGCCGCGCUGCCGCUGGCACAGGACCUGGAGAAGGCCGUCGUCGAGCUCGCGCCCUCGCUGAGUGUGCGGGACGCGGCGGCGAUCUGCUGGUCGCUCUCCGGCAUCGCGGCCGGCCGCGGCGUGGCGUUCGACGCGGCCUUCGGCGCCGUCGCGGACGCUGCUCAGAACUUCGCGAGCGGCGAGGGCCGGGCCCUGGCGAACCUCGCGAGCGCCGUCGUCGACAUGUACGGGGACGACAGCGGCGGUCUCGCGGAUAAUUGUCUCGACGUGCGGCGUAUUCUAGAUGCCGUCGCCGCGCUGGCGGUGCCGCUCGCCGAGAGUUCUACACUCGAGCCGCGCGCCCUGGCCGCACUCGCCGCGGCCUUCGCCGCGUGCCGCGCGGCGGCGCCGGCGCCGCGGCUCAUGGCCGCGCUCGCCGCCGCGGCGCGCGACGCCGCGGCCGACUUCCAGGCCAAGGACCUCGUGGCCGCGGCCGACGCCUUUGCACGCUGCGGCGCGGCGACGCCCGUCGUCGCCGCGGCCGUGCGCGCGCUCGGCGCCGACGCGGCGGGCCGCGCCCAGGCGUUCCCGCCGCGGCUCCGCGCGGACCUGUGCCGCGCGCUCGCCGCCGUCGGCGCGACGGACUCGCCGUUCUUCGACUCGAGCGCCGCGCCGCGCGACCGGCUCCUGCCGCCGCCCGAGACGUCGUACGCGGCCAACACGACGCGGGUCCAGAUCCUCGAGGUCGUGCCGUACUCGUCGCUGUUUCCCGGUGACGACGAGGUGGAGUGA